CUGGUCCCGCCCGGCCGCGCUGGCUCCGGGGCGCGGCGCUGAGCUCGGCCCGGCCCCGCGCCACCGGCGUGCCCCGGCCAUGGGCGGCCCCGCCGCGCUGCUGCUGCUGCUGCUGCUCCGCGCCGCGCCGCGCCAGUGCCUCAAAAGCAGCGCUGUGACUGUCCCAGAAACGCUGCUCUUCAUAUCCACGCUCGAUGGAAACCUCCACGCAGUGAGCAAGAGCACAGGUGACAUCAAGUGGACCCUGAAGGACGAUCCCAUUCUGCAGGUGCCGGUUUAUGUUGCAGAACCGGCAUUUCUUCCAGACCCCAACGACGGCAGCCUGUACAUCCUGGGAGGGAAGAACAAAGAAGGCCUGAUGAAGCUCCCGUUCACCAUCCCGGAGCUGGUGCAGUCCUCGCCGUGCCGCAGCUCGGACGGCGUGCUCUACACAGGGAAGAAGCAGGACACCUGGUUCGUUGUGGACCCCAAGUCAGGGGAGAAGCAGACCACUCUCUCGACGGAGGCCUCGGACGGGCUGUGCCCCUCCAGUCCCCUGCUCUACAUCGGCCGUACCCAGUACGUCAUCACCAUGUACGACACCAAGUCGCGGGAGCUGCGCUGGAACGCCACCUACUCCGACUACUCGGCGCCGCUCUGCGAGGAGUCCUACCCCUACAAAAUGUCACACUUCGCCUCCAGCGGGGACGGGCUGGUGGUGACGCUGGACAAGGAGAGCGGGGAGGUCCUGUGGGCGCACAACUACGGCUCUCCCGUGGUCGGCAUCUACCUGUGGCACCAAGACAGCCUCCGCCGCGUCCCCCACCUCAACCUGGCCAUGGAGACGCUGCGCUACCUGACCUUCCACUCGCAGGACAUCCACCUCAUCAGGGGGAGCUACCAGACCGUGAAGGACUUCACGGCCACCAAGACCCAGCUGCUGCCUGCGCUCUAUGUGGGGAAGUACGCGGCCAGCUUCUACGCCUUGACCUCGCUGGUCCACGACAGCGUGGCGCUGGUGCCGCAGGGCAUCACGCUGGCCAGGAUCGACGGCCCCACCACGGACGACGUGACCAUGAGAGAGUCGGGAGAGUGCGAGAUCACUCCCAGCACCGACGUCAAGUACCCGCAGGGCAGCAUCACCUCGAUGCGCAACCAGUGGCUCCUGAUAGGGCACCACGAGCUGCCUCCUGUGGUCCACACCACGAUGCUCAGAGCCUUCCCGGAGAAUCUGAGGAAGACGACAGAAACCAUCAUUCCCCGGAGCUCCCCUGCCAGGACCGUGUUUGACAACUUCCUGGCCCCGAGCAGCGUGGAGGAGCCGGCUGUGCGGAGCAGCGAGGGGCAGCUUCCAUCCGACGCCAGCAGGGAGCAGGUGGAGGUGUACCCGGAGUCCGGCAGCUGGGACGUGGUGCUGGCCGGCCUUGGCAGCGCCCUGCUGGGUGGGGGCAUCCUGCUGCUGCUCCUCACGAAACUGCAGAGGCAGCACGAAGCGCAGCAGCAGCAGCUGGAGAAGCAAAUUCAGCUCUUGCAGCAGCAGCAGCAGGAGAUGCUGCUCCCGCCCCGGGUCUCUGGCGAGGGUGUCCCUGGGGAGCCCGGGGAGCCAGAGGGGGGUCAUGGAAGCACGUCUCGGCUCUCGCAGAGCUCGGGCCCCGCUGCCCGCCUGAAGGACCCAGCCAACGGGGUGGUCGGCCCGGAGCCAGCUGCGCCGGUGGCUGCUGGAGAUGUGGAACCAGGUGUGAUCGUAGUCGGGAAAAUUUCUUUUAACCCCAAGGAUGUGCUGGGCCACGGAGCUGGAGGAACCUUUGUCUUCAGGGGACACUUCGAUGGCCGGAACGUGGCCGUGAAGCGCCUCCUGCCCGAGUGUUUCCACCUGGUGGACCGCGAGGUGCAGCUGCUCCGUGAGUCGGACGAGCACCCCCACGUCGUGCGCUACUUCUGCACCGAGAGGGACAAGCAGUUCCACUACAUCGCCAUCGAGCUCUGCUCUGCCACGCUGCAGGAGUACGUGGAGAGCCCCAGCUUCAAUCGGCGCAGCCUGGACCCGGUGUCUGUCCUGCACCAGACCAUGUCAGGCCUGGCACACCUGCACUCCCUCAACAUCGUUCAUCGUGACCUGAAGCCCUGUAACAUCCUCAUCUCUGUCCCGAAUAGCCACGGGCAGAUCCGAGCCAUCAUCUCUGACUUCGGCCUGUGCAAGAAGCUCCAGGGGGGGCGGCACAGCUUCAGCCUGCGCUCCGGCAUCCCCGGCACCGAGGGGUGGAUUGCGCCCGAGGUGCUGCAGGAGGCCCCGAAGGAGAACCCCACGUGCGCUGUGGACAUCUUCUCAGCCGGCUGCGUCUUCUACUACGUGGUGUCAGGAGGGCAGCACCCGUUCGGGGACAGCUUGCGGCGACAGGCCAACAUCCUGGCGGGCGCUUACCAGCUGCCCUGCCUGCAGGAGGAGGCGCACGACAAGGUUGUUGCAAGAGAGCUGAUUGUGUCAAUGAUCAGUGGCGAGCCCCAGAAGCGCCCCUCGGCCCCCGUGGUCCUUAUGCACCCCUUCUUCUGGAGUGCAGAGAAGCAGCUGCAGUUCUUCCAGGACGUCAGUGACCGCAUCGAGAAGGAGCCAGCCGAGGGGGCCAUCGUGGCGGCGCUGGAGGCAGGCGGCCGCUCGGUGGUGAGGACGAACUGGAGGAUGCACAUCUCCCUCCCGCUGCAGACAGACCUGAGGAAGUUCCGCACCUACAAGGGCGGCUCGGUGCGCGACCUCCUGCGGGCCAUGAGGAACAAGAAGCAUCACUACCACGAGCUGCCCGCCAACGUCCAGGAGGCACUGGGCUCCGUCCCCGAAGGCUUUGUGCAGUACUUCACCUCCCGCUUCCCGCGGCUGUUGCUGCACACGCACAGCACCAUGCGGCUCUGUGCCCGCGAGCGGCUCUUCCGUCCCUACUACGUCCCGGAGCCGGGAGGCGCGGGGAGGUGAGCGGGCACCGUGCCGGGGCUCGGCAGCGGGGGGCUGCGGCCGCCGCUCCUCGGGUGCCAGGCUCCCGGCAGGUGGGGCGCCAGCGCCCGUGUCCCAUCUCUGCAGCUGAAGCAGCGCUUGCUGGGGCACUGCCCCUUUUGGGGUCACUGACAGGAUUUAGGCACCGCUGCUGUGCUGCAGCCCCUGUGCCCUGUCCUGCCCUGGCUGAGGGGGAAGGGGGCUCCUGCGGGGAGCCCCUGCUGGGGUCCCUGCGUGGCCCUGGGCCGUCGGGGAGCUCGGCUGCCACUGGGCACAGGGACUCCGGGGGGACAUCUUUCUGAGGAGAAGGCAGGAGGCGCCGUGCUCAGAGCACCAGGCACACCCGCCUUCUGCCCGUUGUCCAGCAGCCCAGCGCUGCCACCGGCCCUGGGCUCCCCAGCAUCCGUCUGACCUGUGCACGGCUGCCUUGGCCGGGAAGGGGGGGGGAGGGGGGGGGUGUCUGGGACCCAGGACCCGGUGCCCACAGGGGUGCGGACAGCGGGGGCCAGCAGCGAUGGGCGCGGGCUGGCCUUGGGCUGGCUCUCCUUGGUCUGCUGAGCCCCAAGGGCCGUGGUCAGGCUCAGGAGCCUGAAGACCCUUCUGUCAGAGAACAGAAUAGCUCUACUGCACAGACAGUACUUUGCGAAGUCAGGGGAAAAAAAAAGGCAUUGAAAGAAUUUUCUUGGGAGUAGCUGAAGGAGCAGCUUGACUGCUGCGUUGGGCCCGGAGCCAGCGUGCCGUUCCUCAGAGGAUCAGCACGUGUCAUUCCUGUGGUUCUUCCUGGGCUGUGUGCCUGUGGAAGAGCUGUCUGAGCGUGUGUUUAACGCACAGAGGUGACCAGGAGGACCGACACAGCAGUCCUGAUGCUGGAUGAGGUCCUUCACCCCAGCUGAGGGCGAGCAGAUCAGCGUUUAGCAUCUGCUCCUAGGGCUCUGGUCGUGCUCUUUGCAUUGGGCCUGCAGAGGGCAUGGCAUGGCCAGCCCCGGAGGGAGGCUUGAGGCCUCCACCACAAUCCUGAUAAUGAAGUGUUUUUAUCUCAGCCUAGCUGAGGGAAAGGUUUUCUCCCUCUCGGUGAGCAGCAGCCUGUCGUUAGGCCAGAUACCCGUUAGUCCUCAGACCAGGGUCAGUUUGUACUGCAAAAGAGCCAUGCCGCUGUUUGUGGGCAGUUUUCUCAGGACAUAAAGAAAGGCAAGCAAGAGGGAAACCUCUUCUCCCCUGCCGAUGCUUUCUCUCUGAACUCGGGCCUGUGCCUGCAGCCCCCCCCCCCCCAGCUUCUCCAGGCCUGGAGCGACAGCAGCAGCACAGGCUCACAGCUGCGUGCUGCCCGGGGCGCAUUUCCCAUGGACCUUCUGGUUUAUGACACCUCCUGGGGCUGAGGUCAAGCCCUGUCUCAUGCAAGCCUGGCCAUGGGUGAAGCACCCAUAGGGCCUGCGGGCAGCCUGGGAGCUGAUGUGGCAGCAGCUCUGCCUCCUCCCAAACACACGGCAGCUGCAGACCUCGCUGUGUGGAGCUCCCCGCAGCUGCUGUAAGCUGACAGUGCCAAGGGGAACCCAGCCCCAGGAGCCCCUGGGCGAGGCCUUCCUCUCUGAAGAGCAAUAACUUUGAUGCAGCCUAAUUCCUCCCUGCUGGGGUGUGGGGUUUGGUUACAUGGGGGAUGAUCCAUGGAUCCAUUAUUUUCAGAACAGUGUAUAGCAUAGAACAUUUUGUAUAAAAUGUUAUAAAAAAUAAAAUGUUUUUCUGCUUAAAAACAAACUGGUAUGAGAGCACUAGUAUGUGCUAACUGUCAGCACUGAGUUUCUGGGGCAAGCUAUUUUGCUAACUGUGUAGUCACACUUAUGGCUUUAUUUCACGUUGUAAAUAGAGCUGAUCAAAUAGAAAAGCUUUUCCCCGCCUUCCCCUUUUCUAACUACUGGCCUACAGGUACUGAUUAGAGCACAGCUCCUGUGAUAAGCCCCCAGUCUGUUCCUUGUGUUUUCUUUUGGUGUAGCCAAAGGGCAAGUCCAGGGCUCAGCUCAGUCCGAGGC